AAUAAAUUUGUAAACAUCCUCUUAAACAAAAAAUAUUUUUGAAAAAGAAAUGAUUCAAGAAAUUAUGUAUCAACCUUAAAAUUUUGGUUCGUAAAAAUGAUAGCCUCUAUUUUAAAACGGUGUUUAGUUCAAAGAUGUUCUUUAAUCAUUGUAGCACCAAAAAGAAAUUUUUGUAUGAACAACCACAUAGUUUAUAACGAUGUCAUAUCGAAAUUAAACUUGUCAAAAGCAUCAAGUAAAGAACAUAAGGUUGGAGUUGUAUUUGAUAUAGACGGAGUCCUUGUUCGUGGAAGUAAAAUAAUUCCAUGUGCAAAAGCUGCUAUUAAUAAACUGAACAAGUUUAAUGUUCCUUUAAUAUACUUAACUAAUGGUGGUUGCGAAACAGAAGAUCAGAAAGCUCGUUCGUUAAGUCAACAGCUUGGUAUUGAGGUAGGUUCUCAUCAAGUGGUACUUUCUCAUUCUCCAUUACGAAUUUUAUGCCAUCUUCACGAUAAACAUGUGGCAGUGUGUGGUCAAGGAAAUGUGGCUGAUAUUGCUAAAAUGUGUGGAUUUUCUAAAGUAUCUCAUAUUGAUGAUAUAUGUAAUCAUUUUCCAGAGCUUGAUGUCAAUGAUCGAUCUAAAAGACAUAGCUUGCCUAAACCUUCAUCACAAUUGUUUUCUCCACCAGAAGCAAUACUAUUAAUGGGAGAACCUAUAAACUGGGAACGCAGUCUUCAAAUUUUGCUAGAUCUUCUUCUUACAAGUGGUCAACCUAAAAAGUUGUACUCAAGCAAAGGCUAUUUACCUAUAGUUGCAAUUAACACAGAUUUCUUAUGGAUGAGCGAGGCAACUAACCCUAGACUUGGGCAUGGUGGUUUUCUUCUCUGUCUUGAAGCACUUUUUCUGAAAUAUUAUGGAAAACCUCUUCAAUACACUGCAGUUCUUGGUAAGCCAAAUAUCUUCACAUAUCGUUAUACUGAAGGUAUCAUGUUAAAUCUUGUAACGCAUAUGUUUGGAGAUGGUGCAACAGUUAAGACCAUUUAUGGUGUUGGAGAUAAUAUUGACACUGAUAUUUAUGGUGCAAAUCUUUACAACAAUUAUUUAAAGGCGUUACAAGGUUCUAAUAUUGUAACUGAUGCGCUACAUCCAACUAAUAAUAAAGGACCUCGACGAAUGAAAUCCAUACUCGUAAAAACAGGUGUAUCAAAUUAUACAGGUAAUGAAUCAAAUGAUCUAAACCACUUGCAUCGUGAUACAGUUUACAGACCUGAAUUAGUUAUACCAACUCACAUUUGUGAAGAUGUUUUACAUGCUGUUGAUACUAUACUAAACGAAGAGCAAAUAUGUUGAUGUAAUAAUUUGCAGAGCAAAUAUGUUGAUAUUUUGCAGAAUAGUAACGGUAGCAAUG